AUGCCCGGUCGGGCCCUGCCCCCGGCCCGGCCCCGGGCGGGGCUGCCCCGUCCCCGGCCCCGGGCGUCCCGCCGCGGUCUCGCCUCCGGCCGGCUCUGGUCGUACUGGCGGUGGCGCUGCUGGGCGGGCAUCAGUGCCUGGGGCCGGGGCGGCAUCGCCUCCCUUUGGCUCCGCCUGGCCCGAGCCCGGCUCCGGAUCCGACACCGGCCCCGGCCCCGGCCCCGACCCCGGCUCCUACCGGGGCCCGAGGAGGACACAGGUGGCGCGGCCGCUCCCGCUGCCUCCACUGCCGCUUGCCCGGCCGGAGCUCCGCCGCUCGGCAGCGCGGCCGCCGGCCCCGAGCCGCCGCUGUCCCGUUGCAGGGAGCGAACGCCUGGGGAUGGCCGGCCCGGGGCGCUUGAGGGACACUCGGGGGCCGUUGCCGGCCCCGGGCCGAGCGCUGACAGCCGCGUCCCGCCGGCAGGGAAGGCGCAGCAGGGCCUGAAGGAGCAGCACCGGCUGGGCUCGCUGCUGGGGCGCGGCGGCUUCGGCAGCGUCUUCGCGGCCACGCGGCUCUCGGACGGAGCCCCGGUGGCCAUCAAAAGGGUGCCCCGGGAGCGCGUCCGGCACUGGGGCGAGCUGCCCGACGGCACCAGCGCACCCCUGGAGAUCGUGCUGCUGGCCAAGGUGUCCACUGGCUUCCCUGGUGUGGUUCAGCUGCUGGAGUGGCUUGAGCUCCCCAACGACGUCUUGAUGGUGCUGGAGCGCCCGGAGCAGUGUCAGGACCUGCAGCAUUUCAUUCGGGCACGGCGGUUCCUGCCCGAGGAGGUGGCGCGGGAGCUGUUCCGCCAGGUGCUGGAGGCCGUGCAGCACUGCACCAGCUGUGGGGUCCUGCACAGGGACAUCAAACCAGAGAACAUCCUGGUUGACCUGGCCACCUCACUAUGCAGGUGAGCCCACACAGGGUGUGCUCCUCAUCCCCCUGAUGAACUCCAUCUGUAUUCCACAGGAACACGCUCAUACAGCCCCCCGGAAUGGACCCACUUUGGCUGGUACUAUGGCAAGCCAGCUACCAUCUGGUCCCUGGGCAUCCUGCUGCACCAGAUGGUCUGUGGGAAGCACCCUUUCAGGAGGGGCCAGAACAUCAGCUGGGACCAUCAACUCUCGCUGCCACAAGGGCUCUCUCAAGAGUGCCAAGAUCUGAUCAGGCGGUGUUUAUCCAUGCUGGACUCUGAAAGGCCCUCAUUAGAAGAGCUGCUCUGUCAUCCUUGGAUGCAGGAUAUUCAUCUGCCCUAGAAGAAGGGAGAGAGCCACAGGCACACUGUGAUGCAGGGCCCU